ACAAAUGGCAGUUGAAGCAAUUAACAAAGAAACUUGUCGAAAGAAAAAUGCCAAGCAAACCCCAGAGUUUUGCCAAGUCGCAAGAACAUCUGCAGCCAAUACUCUCAAAAUUAGCACCACGACAAAACACCAGUCGCCAUACAUACUCAGCUGCUUUCAUUGAAUUGAUAACCAUCAUCAUCCGCAACAAACUCCAUCAUUUGCUCUCCUUCUCUCAGUUCUCCACCCUCCGACCACCAUCUCUCUCCCUGAAUGUUCAUUUUCAAUGUAGAUUGGAUUUGCUGGUUUCUAAUACAAUUGUUUGGUAGCUACUAACUGCUAAUUAUUGAUCAAGUGCUCUAAUCUGAAUUUUCUACUCAAUUGCUUAUUGUCUAUUUAAUUUCCAUAUCUGAGCAUUUCCUUCAAGUUCAAACAUUCGAAGAGGAGUGAUCAUGAAGACAACGACGAGUUCACUAUCGCCUGCUGCUCAAUCUCCUGUGAUUUUUGGCGCUUCUUUCGUCAAAUCUUCUCUAACCGUCGCGAGGCCUUCCGCCUCCGCCUCCGCCUCCGCCUCCGUCUCCUACUCUCGUCUUUGUUGCCGUCCCCACUGUUGCCGCGGGCUUCCUAUCGGGAUCGGGAUGGCGAAUCAGAUUCUCAAGACUACCACAAGUCACUUUAGCCAUGUAGAGUCAAUAUCUAAGCUGUCUGCUGCCGGGAAAAUUUCAGGUGUUAACGCGGUUGUUUUAGGAGAAGCUUUGGCUUCUGAAGAGGACGAACUUGUCUUCCCAAACGAUGAAUUCUCUCGUCAGGCUCUUGUUCCAUCUCCUAAGAAGUACUUGGAGAUGUAUAAACGGUCCGUUGAAGAUCCAGCCGGAUUUUGGUCCGAUAUUGCUUCCCAGUUCUACUGGAAACAGAAAUGGGGCCGACCUGUUUUCUCGGAGAAUUUUGAUGUCCGCAAGGGGAACGUUAAGAUUGAGUGGUUCAAGGGCGGUAUCACCAACAUUUGUUACAAUUGUUUGGAUAGAAAUGUUGAAUCCGGAAAUGCUGACAAGAUUGCCAUUUACUGGGAACCCAAUGACCCUGGUUCCCAAGACUCUUUAACUUACUUUCAGCUUCUUCAAAGAGUUUGCCAGCUAGCCAAUUAUUUGAAAGAUAAAGGUGUUAAAAAGGGUGAUGCUGUUGUGAUUUAUUUACCCAUGAUCAUGGAACUCCCAAUUGCAAUGCUUGCUUGUGCCCGCAUUGGUGCUGUACACUCGGUUGUGUUUGCAGGAUUUUCUGCCGAAUCUCUUGCUCAAAGAAUUGUAGACUGUAAACCAAAAGUUGUGCUUACCUGUAAUGCUGUCAAAAGAGGUUCCAAAGUUAUUACACUCAAAGAAAUAGUUGAUGCUGCCCUUGUUGAAUCUGCCAAAAGUGGCAUCUUAGUUGAUCUAUGUUUAACUUAUGAAAACAAAUCUGCUAUGAAGAGGGAAAGCACUAAAUGGCGGGAGGGUAGAGAUGUUUGGUGGCAAGAUGUUGUCCCUAAAUAUCCAACUACUUGUGAAGUAGAGUGGGUUGAUGCAGAAGAUCCACUUUUUCUGCUGUAUACUAGUGGGAGCACAGGGAAGCCAAAGGGUGUUCUUCAUACAACUGGAGGAUAUAUGGUUUAUACUGCCACAACAUUCAAAUAUGCAUUUGAUUACAAACCAUCUGAUAUCUACUGGUGCACAGCUGACUGUGGUUGGAUCACCGGGCACAGCUAUGUGACUUAUGGACCCCUGCUCAAUGGAGCAACUAUUGUGGUUUUUGAAGGGGCUCCCAAUUAUCCUGAUUCUGGACGCUGUUGGGAUAUCGUUGACAAAUUUAAAGUGACAAUAUUUUAUACUGCUCCUACAUUGGUGCGCUCUCUCAUGCGUGAUGGUGAUGAGUAUGUUACUCGCUAUCCACGUAAAUCCCUACGAGUCCUUGGAAGUGUAGGCGAGCCCAUUAAUCCAAGUGCUUGGAGGUGGUUUUUCAAUGUAGUUGGAGGCUCCAGGUGCCCUAUAUCUGACACUUGGUGGCAAACUGAAACUGGGGGAUUUAUGAUUACUCCACUGCCGGGUGCCUGGCCACAGAAGCCUGGUUCUGCAACUUUCCCUUUCUUUGGUGUUCAGCCUGUCAUAGUAGAUGAGAAGGGUGCUGAGAUUGAAGGUGAGUGCAGUGGAUAUCUCUGCGUGAAAAGCUCAUGGCCCGGGGCAUUCCGAACUCUUUAUGGUGAUCAUGAAAGAUAUGAAACCACAUACUUCAAGCCAUUUCCUGGUUAUUAUUUCAGUGGUGAUGGCUGUAGAAGGGACAAGGAUGGAUACUACUGGCUCACGGGAAGAGUUGAUGAUGUCAUCAAUGUUAGUGGCCACCGUAUUGGUACAGCAGAAGUGGAAUCUGCUCUUGUUUCUCAUCCCCAAUGUGCAGAAGCUGCAGUAGUUGGUAUUGAGCAUGAGGUUAAAGGACAGGGCAUUUAUGCAUUUGUCACUCUUGUGGACGGUGUUCCUUACAGUGAUGAACUCAGGAAAAGUCUUAUCCACAAAGUGCGAAAUCAGAUAGGAGCAUUUGCAGCACCUGACAAAGUCCACUGGGCUCCUGGUCUUCCAAAGACAAGGAGUGGAAAGAUAAUGAGGAGGAUUCUAAGAAAGAUUGCUUCCAGGCAGCUAAAUGAGCUUGGAGACACCAGCACCCUGGCGGAUCCAAAUGUGGUUGAGCAGCUUAUAGCACUUGCUGAUCGCUGAAGCUACCAACUUGUAUUGCCGGAUAUAACUCAGUUCUACUGGUAGGUUUUCCCCGGAACUGGUUGGCUAUAGAGGAACUGUUUAUUAUUUGCUUGUACCAUAUUGUUUACUGUACAUUUAGGUAGCUGGAAGGGGUUCCAGUCUCAUCUCUUUUAAUAAUCACUUCUUUGUGAAAAUGGCACAAAUAUACUUCAUAUAUAUAACUAGAAUAAUACAAUGUUACAUCGAGUUCUAAUGCACUGUUUCUUCUCUUUUUCAA